GUCCUUCCUUCAUCUUCCAUCCAACCAACGAUGUUUUAAACCACCUCACACUCACUCUAGUAUGGGAAUACCCAUGGGUUCAAACAUUCAUGCCCCAACAGUAGCCUCCGGCCCUACGUCCGGAGGCGCUUCUCCUCGCGACCUGUCCAAGCUCGGCAUGGUCGAUCUCAUGCAAGAAAAGGAACGCAUCGAAGAAGAACUCUCGGCUUUGAGUAGCGUCCUCGGCUCGCAUGGCGUUAAUAUGAACACAUCUCUCACUACUUUCGAUGGCUUCCCACGAGACGAUAUCGAUGUUGCCCAAAUACGCACUACUCGAGCCCGGAUUAUUCGACUGCGGAACGAUCAUAAAGACGUGAUGUCACAUCUGGAGAAAGGAAUCCACAACCACUUUGCGAAUUUGCAGCGGGCGCAAACUGCCGUACAAUCGGGCGGCGGUCUGAAUGGUACAUCGGGGUCACAACCUAGUGUGUCUGGCAAUAAUACAUCCGGUGCUGGGACAUCUGGGUUACCGUUCGCAAAGGUCAAUAGUGUGGUGCCUGGAAGUCCCGCCGACCAGGCAGGUCUGAGGGUGGGAGAUACCGUUCGGGAGUUCGGGAAUGCCAACUGGCUUAACCAUGAACGUCUCUCCAAGGUGGCGGAGAUAGUGCAGCAGAGUGAAGGGCGCACCGUGGCGGUCAAAGUCGUGCGGAAAGAUCCUAGUUCUUCCAGCAGCAUUGACUUGUCCCUGCAGUUGGUCCCUCGCCGUGAUUGGGGCGGUCGGGGCUUGUUGGGCUGUCAUCUCGUGCCGUUGUAGUGGACUGGCAUCGGGUUAGGCACGAGAAUUGACGGCUGUCUACUGUACUCUGGGAUAGUCCCUGGAAUACUAGGACUUACCCGGGUGCGAUCUACUUUCGUUGAUGGAUUCUCCUUACUGCUUUCUUGCUAUUGGACUCUGAUGAGGAAUGUGACAUGUAUUCAUGAUCGAACGUGACGUGUUUAUUAUUGCCGGGAAAUACCUAGGGAAGCAUUUAGGGUGGCGUUUCAGUUUAGGUUCAAGAGAUGAAAUUGCACCUGUUCAUAUG